AUGGCCGCCCACCUCAGGGCCUGCGCCAAGCUGGAUCGAUCCAUCCGGCAGGAGUCCCAGGCACGCACCAUCUUCGAUCCCCUCAUGCGCCAGCAGCGCGCCGAGCUGCGUGCAGAGUGCGAGUCCGCCUUGCUGGCAGACUACCGCCUCUCACAGAAGCACGAUGUGGAGCGGCUGCUGUGGAAGUGUGUCUUCUACCGGCCCAUCGAGGAGUUCAGGAAGCGGAUCAAGCAGGCGGAGGGGGAGCUUAGGGCCAAGACCGAGCUGGCGUUCCAGGCCUUCCUGCAGGACGCCCAGGCUUUCUACCUACACCUGGCAGCCGCCCUGCAGCAGCGGUACGGCCCCGCCGGCUUCCCGCCAGCCCUGGCCGCGCAGCAGCUGCAGGCCCUGGGCCGGGAGAUGCCGCAGGUGGCGGCGGGGCCCGCGCCAGCCGACUGCCGCCCCUCGGUGCACCGCUGCCUGGUCUGCCUGGGAGACCUCACCAGGUACGGAGUGAUGAGCACGGCGCCUGCGGCCGAUCGCGACUGGGCCGCAUGCCGCCACUUCUACAUCCUCGCCACCCGCGCCUUUCCUGAAGGCGGCAACGCGUACAACCAGCUGGCUGUGCUGGCGUCCUACCAGGGAGACGACCUGCUGGCCACCUACUGCUACUGCAGGGCCCUGGCCGCACGCUGCCCCUUCCCCGUGGCAAGAGAGAACCUGGUGACGCACUUUGAGCAGGCGCGCCUGGCCUGCCAGCGGCUGGCGGCGCCCGGCGGCGGCGGCGGCGGCAUGCGCCCGGCUAGCCAGGCGGCGAAGGAGUUCCGGCUCAGAUCCACCUGGCUGCUGGGCAUGGUGAUGACGCGCUCGGAGCUGGACGCCUUCCCGCUGCAGCUGGGCGCCAGCCUGGCGGACCUGGAUGACCAGCUGCUGCGGCUGCGCCAGCAGGGCCGCAAGGCGGCCGCGGCGGCGGCACGCGGCGACCAGCCCCCACCGCUCCUGCAGCUGGCCGCCGCCGCCCUCUACGCGGUGCACGCCUCGGCGGCUGCCGCCGGUGGCUGCCAGCCGCGGUCAGCGGGCUCGGCGGCCGGGGCGGCGGCGGGCCCCGCGGCGGCGGCGAACUUUGCUGCGGUGGCGCAGCAGCAGCGGGUGCGCGGCCUGGCCCUGCAACUCGUGUUCAGCCUGGUGGCCAGGCUGGCAGCCGCGGCUGCUGCGGCCGUGGCCGCCGCCAACCCCCCGCAAGCCGUGCUGGGCUCGGCGGCGGGCCUGCUGCUGCUGCCGCCGCUGCGCGUGGUGCUGCGCUGGCUGGCGGCGGCGGGGGCGCCCGUGGUGCUGCCGCCGCCGCCGCCGCAGCAGCCGGCCCGGGGGGACCGCCAGCAGCAGCAGGAGCCUGCAGAGCUCACCGCCGCCAGGCAGCAGCUGUGGCAGGCGGCGGCGCAGCUUGUUGUAGCGCUGCGGCAGGUGCAGGCGGCGGCGGCAGCGGCAGCAGAGGCUGGAGGGAGCGAGGCGGUACGGUCGCCGGGCGAGGUUGUACUGCCCGAGGGCGCCCAGCUGGCAGGCUUUCGCCACGUCAGCCCCGCCGCCACGUCAGCGACCGGCCCCGGAGCAGCGGCAGAAGGGCCUGCCGUCGACCCAGAGUCCCCUGCAGUCAUCGCUGCGCGGCUGCGGUACAUGUUGGCGGAUGCUGCCAGGAUUGCACGCGUGCUGGUCGGCGGCUCGCGCCAGGCGGGGCCCCGGGGGCUGGCGGACGCGCAGGCAGCCUUUGUGCAGGCGGCGCUGCAGGAGCAGGAGGAGCAGGAGGCUGCUGCUGCGCAGGAGCAGCAGCAGGCUGAGCAGCAGCAGCCGCAGCAGGCAGAGCAGCAGCCCCAGCGAGCGCCGCCAGGACGGCCCGCCUCGCUGGCCGCGCCGCCAGCGGCGCACGCGGCCCUUCUGCAUCCCGUGCCUGAAGCAGGGACUGGGGGGAUGGAGCUGGAACCGGCGGCGGCAGCUGCAGGGGCAGCAGCAGCAGCCCCAGCAGCAGCAGCUCAGCCAGCGCCGCUAGCAGCGGAGGCAGCGAUGGAGUAUGUGGAGCAGGAUGAGGAGGAGGAGGAAGUGAUCCUGUAUGCGCCGCCGCCGCCAUCCGCCAGCAAGCCUGCGGCGCCGCUGCCGCCGCUGCCAGUGCUGCCAGGGAGGCAGCCGCCGCUGGGGCAGCAGGCGCAGGCGGCAGCAGUGCGCCCGGAGCAGCAGCAGCGGCAGCAGCCGCAGCGGCCACAGCAGGCGCCGCAGCAGCUCAACGGCACAGUUGCGCCACCGCCGGCCGGUGCGGCACCUGCGGCGCCAGUGGCAGCAGGGCCGGGGCCGGGGGAGGAUGCUGAGAUGGCUGAUGCCGAACAGACUGCACAGGAUGUCGCCGGCAGCGUGCUCCCAGAUGGCGACCGUCGGGCCUCGCCGCCGCCGCCGCUGCCGUCCGCCCUGGCUGCCGCGCUUCGCCAGCAGCAGCCCGCGGCGGCGGCGGCGGCUGUGCAACAGCUGCAGCCGCCUCCGCCGCCUGGCCCGCAGCCUGCGGAGGCUGUCAGGCUGCCAGCUGAGUUUUUCAGCCUGUUUGGAAGCCCUCGGCAGCAUGCUCUGGUGGCACAUCAGCCUCCUUCGCAGCUGCAGCAGCAGCUGCCGCCGGUCACGGCGGCAGCAAUGGCGGCGGGACAGCAGCAGCAGCAGGCCGCCGGCCUGCGUGCGCUGCUGUUUGGCGGGGGGGGCGGCGGUGGCCUCGGCGGCGGCGGCAGCAUGCAGCAGAUGCAGAUGGCGGCGGCGCCGGGGCCGCUGCCCCGCCUGCCGCUGCCGGUGCCGCCGCCACAGCCGGCUGUGGCGGGUGGCAGCGGCAACGGCGCCAGCACAGCAGGCGAGCCCCUGCUCUCUUCCACCACUGCAGCCGACUGGUGGGCGUGGAUGGGCACCUUCGGUGGCAGCGCCAGCGCAGCAGGCACGGCAGGCGCAGCAGGGCGCAGCGGGCCGCUGCCCGACCAGCCGCCGCCGCCGCCCUGGCAGGGGCACGCCCCGCCCUCCCACACCGCUGGGGCGGGGCUGCGCACAGACAAUCCCUUUGUGCCCUGA